AAGGAAACACCCAAUCAUCGCGCAACUCUACCAAUAGAAGGAAACACCCAACUUCCACGCAACUCAUUUAAAAGAAAUGCCCAACUCACCAGUAGCACCUACAAAUCACAAUACACAACACCGUCAACUACAAAAGCCAAAACAAUUUUUUCUGCACUCCUUAUAAAUCACAU